UAAUAAUAAACGUGUACGCCUCCCCUAGAAAAUGAUGAAUGGACUGUUGGGUGUGUUUUAAUGGAAUUGCAUAAUCGUCCAAGGCAAGCUGUCUGGAAGGAUCUCAUGCUGAAAACUUUAGAUUGUUCAAGGUUUCUCCAUGAACAACCUGAACGAUCCUCCUAGAUGGAAUAUUAGACCAGAGCCCGCUGCAGGAGAUGACGGGAGCAGAUGGAAUUAUGCCCUGCUGGUGCCCAUGAUCGGGCUGGCAGCAUUUCGUUGGAUAUGGACUCGAGAAUCACAGAGCCAGAUCCAAGAUGUGAAGAACAAGUAUGCCAGCGACAUGGCAGCCAUUACCAGAGACCUGGAGCUGAAGUACAGGGAAACACUGACGGAAAACCGGCGGACAGCAGCACACCUGGAGGUGGAGCUUGAGAAGGAACGUCAGCGCGUUCAGGGCUACAAGAAAGCCCUGAUCUCUCAGAGUCAGCAGCUUAUGGAGGAACGGAAGCAGCUUCAGCAGGAACGACAGGAUCUGGAGGAGGAAAAGAACCGCCUGCUGCAGUCUGGAGUGGCCGGGGUGGUGCUGCGGAAAGCAUUGCAGCGAGAGGAGGACUGGCAGCGCAGGGCUCAGGCUCUGCUGCAGGAACUGGAGGUGAAGCUGGUGGAGAGGCAGGAAGCUUUCUGCAGCAUCCUGUUGCCACGGGAACAUCGUCUAGAGAUGGAGAAGAAUCUGCUGUUGAAGGUGGCUAAAGACCCGGGGGUUGCCGAGCUGAACCUAGAGGAAGAUCUCAGGGACAUUUUUAAGAAUGACAGACACUGUGCAGAUUUACUGAACCUGGAUAAGCGAAAGAAUGGGAAGUUGAUGUGGCUGUAUCUCAGGUACUGGCAGCUCCAGGUCACCCUGCAGAAACACAAGAGGGCAGAAGAGACGCUAAAAGGGGCAUCGCUAAACUCCAGCAGACCUUGACGAGUGUAGAUCUCUGUAUAAAACGAGAAGAAUUUCCUUCCUUAAAUGUUUUCCUUUGCUUAUCCAAGGUAUCCCCAUGAACUAUUUAUUAUGCAAAACUUUUUUGUGAAACCACUUGAGCCUUGAGUCUUUGACAAUCACGUCAGAACAUGAAAGUGUAUAUUUUGUUUGGCAGAUUUUUUGUGAUUCUCAGCUGUAUUUUU